CGAACGAACAACUGCCAGACCAGACAGUCUUCAGUCUUCCUUUCUGGUAAACAAAACACGGUCAUAGUCUAUGUAGAAACGGUAGUUUCUUCCGCGCCGCAAUCUAGAUUGUGCAGUGCAUUUUUGUUUGGUGUAUUGUUUUGGAGCGAUAAACACUAAACUGACUAAACAGUUGAACUUUGGUUUGCAUCGUCAAGGUCCGAUAGGAUACGGAUUCUAUUCCCGUACCAUGACUUGGUAGGUUUGUUUGACGAAGCAGUUCUUACAUUACUGAUAAUGUUUGUGCGAUAACUUAUUGCCUAUUAAUAAAGUAAGCAUUCAGUUGGUUUUUGCUGGUCGGUCCAUCGGUUUCACGGUAGAUUUUUGCGUAUUUUUGGACGGAAAUUAUGAAGUGCGUUACGUGCUGCUUCUACAGUAGAAGAAAAAGCGCAGCUAAUCAGCAGGAUGUGACGAAGGAAGAACCUAACCUGAGAAGUAGUACAAUUGAGGAAUUGAAAUCCAAAUUAGAAAAUCACCAAGAAAUAGUUGACGAUACAGACGUUGAAACGAGUAAAAUGAUUCCUGAUGCCUUGAGGAAUACAGGACAUCAUUCCAGCCCACCACUAUCUGACGAUGGUCUCAUCAUGCCCCGAAAACCUGCCAAUCCAGUCAGAGAAAACCCCGACCGACAAAAUCUCCACAAAGAAUUGUUAUUCAACCAAAAAAUAGGUAAAAAUGUACUGAACCAGAAGACGGAACUACAAAGAGCCUUGGAAAAACAAAAAGACAAUCUUGCCAAAAAACAGCUCCAGACCCACGUAGCUUCAAAAGCACCCGAACUAGAAAAAGUUAUAGCUGAUAGGGCGAAAAGACUGCAAAGCCCUAAUGAAGAUAAGAAUGAAGACGAUAAGGUUUUGAACAAAGAACUGCUUCAGAUCCGCAUGAAAUUAAAAACUCGAACAGAUUCUAAGUAAAAAAUAUUUUUAAAAAAUAUUGCUUUAAUGAUUGUUUAUUUUCUCGAAACAGCAGUGUAUCUACCGAAUUAUUGUAUUUAGUUUAAGUUAAGUUAAUUUAAUUUAUGUGAUAAGUGUUGGACAAUUUUUUUUUAAUUUCAAAUACACAUAAUAUAUAUGUGAGUAUGUGAAAUAUAGCUAAUAAAUAUUUUUUCUACGUGCUAUA